CUUAAAAGUAAAAUCAAGUUCAAACAGAAAUAGUUUCUUUCUGAAACAUGGAAAGGGGAACUUCCACAGAUGGUGGAAGCGUUUGUGUGCAAGUCGUUGAGCUAAGCAGGCUUACUGCAAAUGUGGGUUCGGGUACAACCAUUUUUGAACCCCAAAGCUCCAUUGAAAAGAGAGAAAGUAGCAACGAAGCAAGUCCCAUUUCCCCAAAAACACCAGCAUUUCGUGCACCAGAAAAGAAACUUACACUCUUUGCUCUACGCCUUGCGAUUCUUGAGAAGGUAGCUACUGGCCUGGGAGCUCUUGGUUUCAUCUGGGCAACAGUUGUUCUUCUAGGUGGUUUUGCUAUCACUUUGGAUAAAAGUGACUUCUGGUUUGUCACCAUUAUUUUGUUGAUUGAGGGGGCACGUAUUUUUAGCCGAAGCCAUGAGCUAGAAUGGCAGCACCAAGCCACCUGGUCAAUAGCAGAUGCAGGAAUUUAUAGUUUUCGAGCAAUAAGGACUAGCUCUCAUAAUCUCAUUGAAGCUAUUAAGUCCAUAUUCCAGCCAAUUUCUCUAGUUGGAAAGCGUAGUUCAAGGACUAGAGACAUAACAGAAAAUGCCGAUGGAACAAGCUUUAGAAACUGCCAAAGAAAACAAUCUACUCGAACAUGGAAAAGUUCAGAUGUUCCAAUUCUACCAUAUGCUCAAUGGGUUUUCCUCACAAGAAAUAUCAGCAAGCUUCUUUAUUGGCUCCAGCUUGCAUCUGCAACAGCCUGUGUGGCUCUCUCAUUGAUGAAGCUGAUCAAGCAUGACUAUGGGGAGGUAGCUAAAGGAGAUACUGACAAGAGGAACCGGUACGCAGCUCUGAAUAUUUUCUAUUCCUUGGCCUUGGCAGAAGCUCUAUUGUUUCUUGUGGAGAAAGCUUACUGGGAGUGGAAGGUUAUAUACUGCAAACUACUGGAAGAGGUUAACAAAGAUUGUGAUCUGGGGCCUACGGGUAUGGUCUCUAUUCGGAGGUUCUUCUAUGACGCGUAUUCGAGAUGUAUCAAUGGAAGCAUUUUUGAUGGCCUGAAAAUGGAUAUGGUUAGUCUGGCUAUGGAUCUCUUGGAUUCCAAUUUUCCUGAAGAGCAGCUCAUUGGUGCUAGAAUUCUUCGUCAAUUUGCGCUAAGUGAGCGGUUUUCCAAUGACACCCUCCAGAAGAUUGGAAUAAAUUUGUCAGUAAUAGAAAGAUUAGUGGAAAUGUUGAACUGGAAAGAUCCACAAGAGGAAGAGAUCAGGCGUUCAGCUGCAGAAAUAUUGUCAAGAUUAGCUGGCAAAAAGCAAAACUCUCUUCGAGUUGCUGGAAUACCUGGCGCAAUGGAAUCAAUAUCAUCUCUGCUCCAAACCAAUAGGAACUCUAGUUGUGCAACUGAUGAAAUUGGUGAAAAGAAAAUCAUCUUUGAUCAUGCAAAUUAUGGAUGCUGGACAUUUAAUCAUUUAGGACUUCUUAUUCUGAAGAAACUUGCUCGUGACCAUGAUAACUGUGGGAAGAUUGGAAAUACAAGAGGGCUCCUACCAAAAAUCAUAGAUUUUACACACGCUGGAGAGAGUUUGUUGAAGAAUGAACAUGCCACUUCAUCUCAGAUUCUGACAGUCAAAUAUUCUCUGCAAGUGGUGAAGAUGCUGGCUAGCACAACAGGCGACGGAGGGAAACAUCUCCGAAGAGAGAUUUCAGAGGUGGUUUUCACAAUAAGUAACAUCAGAGAUAUAUUGAGACAUGGAGAGAAACAACCACUGCUGCAAAAGUUGGGAAUAGAAAUUUUAACUAGUCUGGCCAUAGAAGAAGAUGCAAAAGAGAGGAUUGGAGGCACAGGUGGAAUUCUAAAGGAGUUGUUCAACAUUUUCUUCAAAGAGGAAAUGCCAGAGAACCAGAAUCAUGUAAGAAUUGCUGCAGGACAAGCACUAGCAAUGCUAGCAUUGGAUAGCAAAAGUAACUGUCACCGCAUCUUAAAAUUGAAGGUAGUGGGCAAGCUAAAAGAUGCAUUGGAAAUUCCACUGCUUCGCGUAAAUGCAGGAAGAAUCUUAAGAAACUUAUGCACCUAUGGUGAAUCAGAUUGCUUCAACCAAUUAAGAGGACUCGCAACUUCUGCGCCCAUAGUUCUUAAGACAAUCAUAUCAGAACAGCACAAAUUACAGGAAGUAAUGAUUGGACUAGCGGCACACAUUUUCAGAUUCAUGACUCCUGAAGAAUCCAGCAUCAUGUUCCAGGUAGCUGGAGUUAAGGAGGAGGAAUUAGCUAAUACGUUAGUCCAGAUUCUGAAGAAAUACCAGUUCCCACCAACUAAAGUUCCAAGAAUAAGGAGGUUUGCCAUAGAGUUAGCAAUUUGGAUGAUGAGAGACAAGGUAAUGAAUGUACAGAGUUUCAAGCAGCUGGGAUUGGAGGAGGAGCUAGAAGGAGUGUUAGAGACCACAUCAGAGCUUGAAAAUUUUAAUAUUUUCUCCGGCACUAUUGGACUGAGCCGGCACAGCGCAUCAAUUCACUCAUUGGUUGAAACCGCAUUGAAGUUGCUUACACAGGGACAUCAUGCAGCAUUUCACUGAUAUUAAUUUUCUAUACAAUAUUUAUUUAUACAUAUUGAAACAAAUGAAUAAGAAACAAAUAUGCUGAUUAAAAUAAUCUUGUAAAUAUGUAUGCAUGAAAACUGUAAGAGAUUCUUUUUU